AUUACAUGUAGACCAGAUUUGUGUGAACCGAUGAUUUGGAGGUCCACGUAGGUGUGAGUUGAUCAACGGUGUGCAUCAAUGUGUGAGACGUACAAGGGUUGUAUAUGAUAAUUACUGGAGUCUUCGAUAUCUGUGACUGUAGCUCGUCUCUUUGCGUGGAAGCUGAAGUCUGAAGUGGGUCAGUUGGAUCGGAAUUAAUGUGUGUAUCACAUCCGUUGGACACUUAAAUUAGCCUCACUCAUAGUUGGAUGGCUUGGCUUCAAUGGAUUGCGGUGGUUUCUAUAGCUCUGCUCUGUUUAGUGCGUGCUCUUGACGCGAGUGCUGGUGAUGCUGAUCCCAUUUAUCAGGAUUGCUUGAGGCAUUGUGAGAAAACAGGAUGCGUCGGCGGAAAAUGCUUCCAACAUUGUAAAUUCUCAUCUGAUGGAAAACCUAUUGACGGCCCCUGGUAUGUGCAAGAACCACUCUAUCUUCAGUGGAAACACUGGGACUGCCUCAGUGAUUGUCAAUACCACUGCAUGCUUACCAGGGAGGAGGAGAGACAUAAACUUGGUGACAAGCCUGUCAAGUACCAUGGCAAAUGGCCAUUUCAACGCCUCCAUGGAAUCCAGGAACCUAUUUCUGUUGCUCUCUCUGCACUCAAUCUUGCUAUCCAGUUCCAUGGCUGGGUAUCUUUCUUCAUCCUUGUAUACUACAAGCUUCCUUUGAGGCCAAAUAAGAAGACUUAUUAUGAAUACACUGGCCUCUGGCACUUCUACGCCCUACUAUCAAUGAACUCCUGGUUCUGGAGUGCUGUUUUUCACACUAGAGAUGUUGAGCUGACAGAGAGGCUAGAUUAUUCCUCUGCUGUUGCAUUACUUGGGUUUACCUUUAUUCUAGCAAUACUACGAGCUUUCAGCCUGAGAGAUGAGGCUACAAGGGUCAUGGUUGCAGCUCCCUUGUUUGCGUUUCUUAUAACACAUAUCAUGUAUCUGAACUUCUAUGAUCUUGAUUAUGGCCUCAACUUUAAGGUUUGUGCCGCUAUUGGUGUAGCUCAGCUACUAAUUUGGGCAGUGUGGGCAGGAGUCGCUCGCCAUCCAUCUCGGUGGAAGCUAUGGGUGGUGGUUGUGGGAGGAGGUUUUGCCAUGCUCUUGGAGGUAUACGACUUCCCACCAUACCAUGGAUACGUUGAUUCUCAUGCUCUUUGGCAUGCUAGUACCAUCCCACUUGCAUAUCUUUGGUGGAGCUUUGUCAGGGACGAUGCCGAGUUUAGGACAUCGAGUCUGCUCAAGAAAACCAAGUAGCACCUCUCUAGCCAAUCUUUGCAUAUUUUCUUGUCAGGCUGAACUACGUGUGGGAUAACCACUUCCCGUUAUAUUUCCAGUGUACUCUUUUUUCCAGAUGGUCACAGACAGCAGGUCCUUUCACUUUGCACUUUGAUCUGUUAUUUUCCCUGAAGUAUGUGGUAAACUCAUUCUGUAGUGGGACUCAUAAUUCUUGAGAUGACCUGGCGUUUUUUCCCAUAUUAAGACAUCAGGGUUGCAAAAUGUUUUUGGUGUAAAGUGUGCUCUUGCUCAUGGAUGAGAGACUGUUUGUAUCAUGCACAUAAAUUAUCCUUUGUUCUUUGUAAUGUCUUUCUGUAUGCUGUAACAAAAUUACAGGUGGUGUAUUCCUUUUAAUUAUCUUCAAUCUUUGAUUUAUUUUAGUUUA